AUGAACAAUGGUUGCUUAGAAGAGCAAAACGCUUUCUUCGAAAUACCGGAUGAGGCAAUGAAGAGUCAUCUCAAACCUCUGUUUAUUACUGGGAAGGUCAAAGACGUCUCAAUUAACAAGAUCUUGGUAGAUUGCGGCACAAUGGUGAAUCUGAUGUCGUAUCACAUGUUGAGGAAAAUAGGCAAAUAUGAUAUAGAUGCCAAGCCCCGCAACGUGGUGAUUUCCAACUACGAGGGAAAGGUGGAUACUACCCUUGGAGUAAUCCAAGUCGAGUUAAUAUUGGGAAUUGUCACCAGAUCUACAAUGUUUAUGAUUGUGGAGACGAAGGCCAACUAUAACUUACUACUUGGACGCAAAUGGAUACAUGGAGUUGGAGUUGUACCAUCCUCCUUGCACCAGAGAAUCAUCAUAUGGCACCCCGAAAGUAUUGUGGAGAACAUAGAAGCAGACUAG